AAAAUUCUUUAUUUGGUAGGUUUUGUAAAAAUUGUUGAAUUGUUAAUAAAUCCCAGUUGGUAUUUGGUGUUUCAUUUACAUAGCGCGGAAGCCCCGUAAGGACGUCCGAAACGACAAGUAUACCUUCAUCCCGGCGCUGGUCAAGAAGUGUGGUGAAAGUGUCUUGUGCAAGAUGGUCAACACGACGAGCUCAGCGGGGCCCCCCGACUCGGUUUUAACGCUCAACAACCCCGCGUUCGGCGUGUACCUGAUCAGCGCCUGUUUGCUCGUCCUGAAAAUGAUGGGCAUGUCGCUGCUCACCAUUUACAACAGGUUCAAAUACAAGGCGUUUAUUUGCCCCGAAGACGCCAAAUGGUUACAAGGACAGGUCGUAAGCAACGACACGGUGGAACGCGUGAGGAGAGCGCAUCAGAACGAUUUGGAAAAUAUUCCCAUUUUUUUGGCGGCCGCUUUUGCCUAUCUUUGGACGCAGCCACCGGCCUGGCUGGCCUGGGUGCUGUAUCUUGGGUUCACCAUACUCAGGGCCCUUCAUACCAUCGUCUAUACCUUGAUAGUGCUGCCGCAACCCACAAGGGCGCUCCUGUGGGUCGCUGGGUAUCUGCUCACGGGGUACAUGGCUGUGCAUGCUGCCUUGCAUGUUUUUAUUUAUUUAAUUAUGUAAAUUUUUGUUAAUGUAGUUUUAAUAGAACCUGAAGCAGUCACAUUACGUAUAAAUAUCUUUUAAGUAGUCAAGUUUAAUGUAAACAGUUUCAAUGAAUAAAUGUGUAUUAUCUUU